AUGUCGCGGAGACCGGCGCGACCAUUGCAGCUGCUGCAGUCGUCGUUGGGCCGCUGCCUUGACGAGGGGCAGACCCGCACGGCGCCUGCUGUCGCCGUGUAUAAGCCGUGCGGCCUUCCCUACUUUGCUACAUCGCAGGUAGCUGCCUGCAGUAGUGGGCGGCAUCUCUUUGCUGCUGCCGCGCACAGCGUCCCUUCUGUGGGGCUGAGCGAUGCCAGCGAUUCGCUCCUGGGCCGGAUGACGGACCUGCUGUCGCCGGGGAGCGGCACGCCACGAGUUGUUGUGCCGCUUAUGCACCCGGCACUGUCACAGUAUGCAACACCGUCGGAACUGAAUGCGAUGACGGCGCAGCGAAAGGGCACGGCACUUAUUGCUUGCGCACAGCAUGAUUUCAUGUUUCUUCGUAACUGUCAUCGCUUGGGUUUGGUGCGGUGUGUUUACCGCGUACUGUGCCGUGUUCCGCCUUGCGUGGCCGGCCGCGUUCAGCGUACUCUGCGCGAGAAACAAGCCGCUGAGCGCACAACCAAUAGUGUCUUCAAGAACCCAUACGUGCAGCAGUUCCUCCAGCGUGAAGGCAACGGCGCCGAGGCGGAAGCGGCAGGAAUCACGCUGGGCGGCGACGACGCUCUGCCACUCUGCGCAUACCCACACCCGCUGCUGCGGGGAGGAUUCUACAGCGUAAAAGCGCGGAGCCUGCUGCGUCACGGCACGGUGUCUGGAUACCUCAGCUCGUCGCAGCUCCCACCUCCUCUGGAAGCUCUUGUGGGACAGCAGAAGCGGCUCAAAGCACUCUUUCUGUCGCCUACAGUCACUGUGAAAGCGGCAUCCAGUCUCUCCGCACUCCCUGUUGUCGAUGAUAACCUCUGCGAUGUGUGCCGUGGAAAGGGGCGUGGGGACGGCGACACAGUGUCUCAUCCGUGGAUGAGACACGAGUGCCGGUUACGUGUCGCGCUUGACGUGAAGGCAGUGGCAGCACGGGGAGGGACGUCGGAUGAAUACAGACACUAUGAUAUGGACGAUGAUUCUGCUGACGCAUCGGAACUGCAUCAACAGCAGGAACAAAGUGUGCGCCGCCUUGUUGGAAAACCGUUCAAGUUUGACUUCCGUCUAAUCACUCUCAACAGCGCAUGUGACCUUGCGCUGUAUGAAGUCUCCACCAACGACGCGUCUGACGAAGAAAUCAAGGCCGUCUUUGCAGCAGCAAACCUUGUCGUGCUAAAUGAUUACGUGAAUGAUCGUGCGCUCGCAGAUGCGAUGCUGGAGGUCACACAGCAGCUCCACACCGUGCCCCAGUUGAAGCUGUCGAAAUUCCCAAUGGCUGUUCAGAACCUCCUGCGGCAGGGGUCUCCGGUGGAGCUAGUGGCAGAGCCUCUACUCACAGCAUCGUCUUCUUUACCUGUCGACGCGGCUCCUGUUGCUGUUCCUGCUGAGUCUGCGGCGUUGCUUCAAAACACAGACGAGGUGCCACAAACGGGAUUGCGUGGGCACCGCUACCGUCUUCUGUUGGAGGCUCUGACGCACCUAAAAGAUGAGAAGACGUACUUGCGUGUCGCCCAGCUGGUGCUGGGGUCUGGCUUGGAGUGCGCCACGGUUCACUUCCCGGACCCGGCGCAGGAUUCCAACGCGAGCGCCGUGCAGCAUCUUCUGCUGUGCAUGGAGAAGCGUGAGCUGACGGAUUCGUACUGCAACAGUGUCGCGGAGCGAAUGCUGUUCGUCAGUCGGGGCUCCACAGCCGAAUGCAGCACGUACUCUUCCCUGCUGCAGGACGACGGGCGAUUGUGCCUUCCACCGCAGCGCGACGUGGCGCGGGAGUGGAGUGGUGGCCAUCUGACCUUGCUGCGGCUGGAGGAGCGCAGCGAGUUGUGGUGCGCAUACUGCGGGGCGGCCGGCCACACGUGGAGCUCGUGUCCAGAGGGCGUUCCGCUGCUGCCGAACGAGGAAGCUGUUACUGCCACUGCUGUAAAGAGUAGCAGUAGUAGUAGUGGAAGCAGCAGCGAUGCCAUUUUGACUCCUUCCAACGGGACGCGUGCGUUGAAAGGGGCUGCGGAGGAUGUGCUGCUCUCGACGGUGGCGGAUGUUACCGACGCUCUCGAUAGCGCCGCCACGCAGCGGGGCGGAUCCGGUCUGAUUGCGAUUCCCAACGCCGCUGCGACGCAGGCCUUCAACCCACACGCAUGGAAAAGCAAUGAGCGGCGUCCAGCUUUGCACCAGCGCCGCUUGCGGUGCGCGUACUGCAGCGGACGGCACCACAUUACGCAAUGCCCGAAACUCUCCAGUGGCGGCGAUGUGGGCGUCGGCGGCGUGGGGCAUGAAGUGGACGCCGAAGAGCUCCGCGCUCACGCAAGCCGACUCUUUUGCAUCAAGUGUGGAAAGCUCGGUCACCUGUACAGCAGCUGUCCCUUGGUGCCAGCGGGCUUGCAUGCCGCGACGCACUGCCCGAUUUGCCUCUUGCCGCACCGCACAAUUCGGCACGCGCCGUCACAGUGCCCGCGCCGCGUCACGCCGCCGCGGGAGUACUCAUCUGCCGGCGUGCCGGCGGGCGUGGGGCAGAGUGGNGGGUGCUGCUCGCGGACACCUUUCUCUCACAGAGGUAGCGCAAGUGCGGACACGUGUUAUCUGUGUCUGGUGUUGCGUGGUUGUUGUUGUUGUUUGUGUGUGUGUGUGUGUUGA